CAAGGUGUUGCAGGUCAGACAUGGGGCUGUGUCUCCUUGUCGGAUGUUCUCCUAUUGGUGGAAGUCAAGUAUGAUGUGGUAGCGCACCUGCUUUAUACGGAAAUGCUUCAGGAGGAUUACACACAGAGAUUAUGGGAAACACUUUUGCCAUGGCAACAGCAAAGGGAAGUGGAAGUGGUGGAAGAUUUUGCAGAGGAAGCUUUGGAACGUGUUGACAUGCUCCGUUUGGCUGAGCUACCUGGAGCAUUCAGGAUAUACAAGGCCUGUUUGGACACAUCUUUAAGAAGCUGUCCAGAGUUCAAGGAGCAGUCCUGGUCAGCUGUUUCUCUCCUGUAUGACCUGCACACAUUUCGUCAACAAGAACAAAACACACUGGCAGUCCUCUGCCAACGGCUGCAGGGAGAGAGUCUGAGACUGCUUUGUUUCUACAUCAGACUGGCAACUCUUCGAGCUCAUCGGGAGAAAAUGUCCUACAGGGCUCUUCUAGCAGCACGGCAGUCCUGGGAGACAUGGCCACAGGUUUUCAGUCCAUUCAGAGAAGAACAGGCUGCUCUGUGGCUUUGUGCUGAAGAGGGAGAAAGGGAGGAAAAUAACUUCAAGACACUUGAGCAGAAGGCAGCACUGCAGCUGCUGGUGCUGACUCAGGAGAAAGAGAGGAAGCAUCUGGUUAAGCUGGUGCAUGGGAUCUCCCUGGAGGAUUUGGAAGAGUCAGUAACAGACAGUGAGCAAGUUACUUUGAGGGCUGGCUGUGUAGAAAGGCUCAGACAAAUUCAUGCUCAGCUGCAAACAAACCCUCAGACCCAAAUGAACCAAGAAUGGUCCAAACAUAAGCUUAAAGAUUGCACUAGGAUCCUUCUGACCCAUCUAAUGGAGCUGCAAGAGGUCCAAGCUGUUGCUUUACUGCAAGACCUGGCAGACAGGAAUACUCAGCAUAUCAAAGCUCUCCAGGAUAAAUAUGAAGAUGAAAUUCAAACCCAGCGCUUCACCAACCUGCUCCACCUCCUGACCUCAGAUGCCCUGCUAACAGCAGGCUCUAUACUAGUCUCCAACUUUAAUGAAAAGAGCAACAACAAGCAACUCAUAUCUCAAGUUGAAAGCAUCAGCAGUGGAUCGGCUGAAGCCGUGAUGGCUGAUUCAAUUAAAAGGACCAGCAGCAAACAAACUGCAGAUGUCUCAAACAGACAAAAUGUCUGCUCAGGCUGUGGAGAUGUCAUGGAGGAUUUGCCCUACUUGGAAAUCUUGUGUGUACCAAAUGCACAAGGUAAUGCUCAUGAGAGCCUGGCCAGUAAAGAAGAAGAGGCCAGUGCUAUCAAAAGCUCUCGGAGCUAUGAGAAGCAGGGGUCUUUGAUCACACUUGCUUGGAGCAAACGCCCUGAGAAUGAUCCAGACUAUGAGACAGAGGCUGCAGAUGUAAAAACAGAAUGGAAUCAGGAUGUUGAGAGCAUGAAGACCCAAGUGCAGCCAACACAAUGCAAGGAAACAAUUCAAGACAAAGAUGGAGAAGAGUUGUCUUUGAAAAUGAGACCAAUAGAUGAUCUACCACAUGAGCAACAAGCUGCAUCCAAAAGUGACCAACAAACAGCUGCAAUGGUAGCAGAGAACCGGCAGGCUAUGGAGCAACAUCUCAUAGCUGAUUCCUCCGAGCAUGCUGAUGACCUCUGUCCUGGAAUUCCCAAUCACACAGCAAACACUGAUGGAGAUGAGACUGAGGUGGAAAUGUGUCCUACUGAAACAGAGUCAGAGCUGUGGGAACAUAGAGGGUCUGAACUAUCUGACCAUGAGGACCUGACACAUUCUAAAGACUCAACUGCAGACUGUAGUUUCUCAGAGAGCGAGGAAAUGAGGGAACCCAGUCUGAUGGAGAGGGGGCAAGAGAGAAAACCAGUGUCUGCACUGGAGAGGGAGAAAACAAUGCGCAACUUGGUGGACAUCCAAAGAAAAGUUGAACAGAAGCAGCAGAGAGACAGAGACAGACAGUGGCUCAGGGUUCAGGAGCGUCUCUCAAUUAUCCAGAACAGAAAAGCAGAAGAGGACCUGCUUGGCCUUAAACACACAGACAGGCUAAGACAUCUCACACAAGAUCUACCACUGGAAGACAAGAACCAGCAGAAGACUGUUGUUAGAGAGCGACUGGAGCAGCUCAGAAGAGAGCGAUCAUAUAUCAUGCAGUCCAGAAGAGACAGGAACACAGCAGGAUUUAAGGAACUCCUGGCUCCGGUUGCUCGACACAGCAGCUUGACAGAAGAUGAAGCAAACUGAAACCCU